GGGAGCGGCGAGUCGGGGCCGCUCGGGCAGCGCUUCGCCCGGGCAGCGCUGGCGGCGAGGGCGGCGGCGGCGGCGGCUCCCGUGGCUCGCGUGGCUCAGGAUGCGGCCGGGGGGCGCGCUGCUCGGGGCGCUCGCCAGCUUGGUGUUGCUUCUGCUGCUGCGUCGGAUGUGGUGCCCGGCCGACGCGCCCGCCCGCUCCAGGCUUGUGGUGGAGGAAAACAGGGAGGACACCCGGGGCACCUCCGCCGCGCUAAGGACGCUCAGGAGCCCCGCGACCCCGGCGCCGCGCGCCACGAACAGCACAUAUCUAAAUGAGAAGUCACUCCGACUGACAGAGAUGUGCAAAAAUCUGAAGUAUGGCUUCAAGUCUUUAUCUAACAAAACAAAGCGGUACUCAGAGGGUGAUUACCUUCAGAUGAUCACAAAUAUACAGAACUGUCCAUGGAGAAGGCAAGCAGAAGAAUAUGAGAACUUCAGAGCAACACUCACUUCCUGUUGUGAUGCCAUCCAAAACUUCGUGGUUUCUCAGAACAACACUCCAGUGGGCACUAACAUGACUUACGAGGUGGAAAGUAAAAAGCAAAUCCCAAUCAGAGAGAACAUUUUCCAUAUGUUUCCAGUGUCACAGCCCUUUGUGGAGUACCCCUAUAAUCACUGUGCCGUGGUUGGAAAUGGGGGAAUUCUGAACAAGUCUCUAUGUGGAGCUGAAAUAGACAAAUCUGACUUCGUUUUUAGGUGCAACCUGCCUCCAACCACAGGAAACAUUAGUAAAGAUGUGGGCAGCAAAACCAAUCUUGUGACUGUGAACCCCAGUAUCAUUACACUGAAAUAUGGGAACUUGAAGGAGAAGAAGGCAGUAUUUUUGGAGGACAUUGCCACCUACGGAGAUGCAUUCCUUCUUCUUCCAGCAUUUUCCUUCCGGGCCAACACUGGCACCUCUUUUAAAGUAUACUACACGCUCAAAGAAUCUAAAGCAAGACAAAAGGUUCUCUUUUUCCAUCCCAAGUACCUGAAACACCUUGCUCUUUUCUGGAGAACUAAAGGGGUGACUGCAUACCGCUUGUCGACCGGCUUGAUGAUCACAAGUGUGGCAGUGGAACUAUGUGCCAACGUGAAGCUCUAUGGCUUCUGGCCCUUCUCGAAAACUCUAGAAGACACACCUGUCAGCCACCACUACUAUGACAACACAUUACCCAAACGCGGUUUCCAUCAGAUGCCCAGAGAAUACAACCAGAUUCUCCAACUUCAUGUGAAAGGAAUCCUCAAAUUACAAUUUAGCAAAUGUGAGCUAGCUUAAAGCGUCUUCACAUGGGAAUGAGUUUUUAAUGUGAUGCAGGAAGUAGGUGAGUUACAGAGAUUUCCAAAAGCUACUUACAGAAUAUUUAUGAUAGCACAGCUCCAGAACUUGGGUUGGUAAAAGUUCUUCUGCUAAACUUUCCAACCUCCCAAAGUCGUUCCCAAGCUUCCAUUUCCUUCUCAGAAAAAUGGGAACCACAGUAUCUAACUCGGGCAAGCAAAAUGAGAUAAUUUGUGAGAACUCUUGGCCUAGCAUUUGGUGUGAAGUAUGAGAUAGGGACCUGAUGAACACUUCCUAUUUAUAACAGUCCUCACCAGACUGUCAGUAAGGGUAGAGUAUGCUGGAAACCUUUUGUAAAACCAACAGCCGAAUCAUUCCUGUGUGCUGCGUUUCUUUCUCUCACACCUUCUCUUUAUGAAUCAGAUCCUCCCUGUUUUACUUUCUGUCCUAUAAGAAAGUACAUACCAGAAAUUGAUGUAGUUGAGCAAGAAAUCUUUAAUCAUUCAGGGAUGAAAUUCUCUGCCUGUGUCACGGUUUGUUUCUGAUUAGCCGCGGUGUAUUAGUUAGGUUUCAGCCACUUCUUUCCAUCUUGUUAGCUAUCAUUUUAAUCCCUCUUUAUCAUUUUUAUUAACUUUCUGUUCAGCUUUGUGACUUUUUUUUUUGUUCUCCCCACUGACAGGAUCAUGAAGAGUUACAAUAGUUAGCUUUUCUUACCUGUUAUCUGGCCUAUGGGACACUUACUCAAUUUAAAGCUUAAAUAAAUUGGGGAGGAGGGGAUUUGAGUUGUACUGGGAUUUGAAUUCAAGGCCUUGUUCUUGCUAGGC